AUGGCCGCCACCGUUGCCGAUCAGACCCCGGCUGCUGCCGGUUUGCAGGAGAAGGCCGCCGCGCCCUCAGGCCCGCGCAAGACACCCAUCGACUCGCCUACCCCGGAAUCAUCCACCCCGGCUCUCCCGGCCUUGACCUCGGAACAGCAGGAGAAGUACGACGGUCUCUUGUCUCAAGUCCGCUCCUGGACCGAGGUGAAAUGUUCCGCUGCCGACAAGUCCGGACCCCUGACCGACAGCGAGCGCCAGUGGCUGACACGCGAGUGUCUGCUUCGCUACCUGCGUGCCACGAAAUGGGUCCCCAAGGACGCCGAGAAGCGUCUCUUGGAAACUCUUGUCUGGCGUCGCGAGUACGGCGUUGAGGGUCUGACCCCCGAGCACAUCUCGCCUGAGAACGAGACCGGUAAGCAAAUCAUCGUCGGCUUCGACAAGGAGCGCCGGCCUUGCCUUUACCUCAACCCGGGCCGCCAGAACACGGAGCCAUCACCGCGCCAGGUCCAGCACCUUGUAUUUAUGGUCGAGCGCGUUAUUGAGCUCAUGCCCGCGCAACAGGAGAAGUUGGCCCUGCUUAUCAACUUCAAGAGUUCCAAGAGCCGCUCCAAUACCGCCCCCGGUAUCGGCCAGGCACGUGAGGUGCUAAACAUCCUGCAGACGCAUUACCCGGAACGUCUGGGCAAAGCUCUCAUUAUCAACGUUCCUUGGGUCGUCAAUGGCUUCUUCCGUCUCAUCACACCCUUCAUUGACCCCAUGACGCGUGACAAGCUCAAGUUCAACGAGGACAUGCGACAGUACGUCCCCGAGGAGCAGCUGUGGACCGAGUUCAGCGACGGCAAGCUCGAGUUUGAUUACGACCAUUCUACCUACUGGCCCGCUCUCAAUAGCAUGUGCAAGGAGAAGCGCGAAGCCCGUACGGCCCGCUGGGUUGCGGGCGGUAAGCUGAUUGGUGAAUCUGAGGACUACCUUGGCGGUGCCGUUGAGAAGGGCGUUGGCGCAUAG